AAAAAAACAAAAAGGCUUACGAAAGUGCAUCACCAGGGCGCCAAAAUCUUUUGCUCGUCUCCAGUUUGUUUUUAAAUCUUUUAGAAAACGUAUCGAAAAACAUUAUAUUUUACAUUAAAUUUCGCGUAGAUAUUCAGUUCCGCUGCCCCAACAUGGAGUUGGUAAACUCGCCCCCAACGUAUCACACCAGUGUCGCCCAAAAAGCCAAAUCAAAAACUGCAGCCCACCAUCGAUUCAAAUAUGGUUCCCCGAAGCUAGUGGACAUGAUGCGAGAGAAAUGUCGACUGCGAAUCAAAGAGGCUCGUUGCGAUCUUCUGCUGCGGAAACGGAACAUCGUUCAGGAGGAGAAAGCUUUGCUGGAGUCCAUUGUUCGGCAGGAACUGUCAGAGCUGGAGAAGGACAUUGAACUACAGGAAUUGAUAUUCCAAGAGCUUAUUGCCGAGACGGACGAAUGGUUGUUCGAGGAAUACGAACGAUCCGGAUGCUAUCAAAUCGAUGAAUACGAUCAGGAAGUGGUCUUUUGCCCCCAAUGUCAGAAGGAUAAGCUAGUCCGAACCGAAGAUGGAACUGUGGUGCGGUGCUCGUGCGGAAUCAGAAUUAAACACCCCGGUGGAGUCGAAGGAAUCGCUGUUGGCGUGAGAAAUGCAAUCGAAGACCACAACCAGCGGUGCGAUUCGGAGAUGCAUUUUUUCCUAGAACCAGACGCGGUGGAUUGUGGUGUUGGAUGGUUGAAUGCGUUUUGCCCAAGCUGCGACUAUUGCAGAAGUUUGACACAAUAGGGCUUCGCAUGUUUGAAUGGUUUGGUCCGAUAUUAUGUAGUAUGUAAGAAUGAUUUAAUUUUUAUUUCCCGGUAUUUUUAUUUGUAAUUUGUUUGAUAUGGGCAGUAUGCUGUUUUUUUUAUAAAUUCAAUAAUCCAAAUAUCUUAUAAAAGACAUCGGUUGUAUCUGUUAUACACUUUGAUAUGUUCAUGAUUAAAUUACAUAUAUACAAACUAAAGAUGCAACUUUAAAUAA